AUGCUAUUCCUUUCCUAUAGUAUUUACGAAGUUUCCAAGUUGACAGAACAAUUUCAGCAGCUCAAGGAGCAUCUAACUUCUGCUUCGAAUGACACAGGCAAGGAGCCGAGAACAGAUCGCCUCGUGGCAUGGAUCGAAGGAAGAGGUGAACGGCCACUCAACACAUAUUUACGUCAUGUGGUCGAGAUGUUUCGAAUGAUGGGGUACGAUGUUGUCUCUGGUUCGGAACCGCAAAACUGGGAUGUUUUGUGGACGCACGAAUAUUCACUGAUGGAUGACCGAUAUACUAAUGCGAUAAGAAAUGCUAAGCCGCAUCAGUUUGUCAAUCACAUUGCUGGUUCUGGUUACUAUACAAGCAAGGUUUCACUCGCUACAUCGUUAUCCGAGUCCAAGAAUGCUCUCAAAGCAUUCCAACUUCCAAAGGAAAAGGAGGCACUUUUGAGCUUUGCAAAAAGCAACCCUAAUCUAAUGUGGGUUCAGAAGGACAACACGCACAGGAAUAUCAUAGUGCGAAAACUUGAGGAGAUGAACUUAGAAAAGGAAAACUCAUUUGUGCAGCAGUUUGUUGACAAACCCCUGCUUAUCGAUAAUAGAAAGUUUGAUAUUGGAGUCUACACUGUCGUUACAUCUACAUCCACUUCGUGUCUACACUUACGCUGGGGACGCUUUGAUCAGGUUCUGUGCGGAGAACUACAAUCCCUUCGAUGUGAAUAA